AUGUCUUCUUCAAUAACACAGCUAAUAAAGUCCCAGACUAACAAUGCGGCUGAUGGCACGGGAAUCAAGAAGCUGGUCAAGUUGACUCAGAACCUUCUCCAUACCAAAACCAUCCCCAAAUACCUUGUUGAUUACGUUCAGGCCCAACAGCAGUCUCAGUUCGGUGGUUAUCCCGAUCACAAAGACAUUGCUCCUAGUGCAAUCUUCACUGCGGUGUUCGCAAUCUUCUUCAUUGCUCAUCUCUCAAUCUUCAUAAAGAACUACUCUAGAGGCCAUAUUUUCUGGCCUGGUUUAGCUCUGGCAUUCUAUGCGCUAUGUCGGUGGUUGGGCUUUGCUUUGAGAAUUGUGUGGGCCAAGAAUAUCAUGAAAAUUGACGUCGGUCUUGCCUCUGAGGUGCUACUGGCGCUGCCCAUACUGUUUUUGGCCACGAUCAAUUUGAUACUGGCACAAAGGGUGUUUACUUGGGCUCAUCCUGCUGGUGGAAAUAGUCGUCCAUAUUGGAUAUUCAUGUCUGUGCUCUAUUUUGCCGUUUUCGCAGUUGUGCUCAUGACAAUUGUUGCUGGUGUGAUUCCUUAUCUCUACUUCCUGUCUGAAAAACACUUCAACAUGUGCAAGAACGUGAUGAAGGUUUCUGCAAUCUUGGAUGUUCUCUAUACCUUGACUGCAAUUUCUUUAAUCCUGCUGAGUUGGAUUUUGCCUACUACUGCCAAUGACAGGGCUCAAAUGGUUUACCAACCUACGUGGAUUGAGUCGUUCCAUUUGUUGUACUAUCCUCCUCGUGGGGCAGCCCAGAGAGCUGAACGCGAGUUUGUUGAGCGUCAUGGAACACACGUGAGACCAGCGAGGACAAUUACUUUUGUUCACACCAAAGAUUCGAGACUCAUGAGUUUCUUCAAGUUCAACAAUGUACAUUCUGCGUCGCUAUUUCUGAUUGCAAGAACCUCUUUCCUGGUAUUGAUUGGCGCGGUCUUCAGAGCAGUUGGUCUGUUCUUGAACAGAACCGCUGGUCAAAAAGACUGGAUUUACAAGCCGGUGGUGAUGUACAUCCUGUGGGGUCUGCUGGAAACAAUAAUUAACAUCUGGUACCUGGUUGACCGUAUUGAUCUCAGGUUUUACAAGCCAAGCGCCAUCAGGUGGAAGAAGUAUGGUGAAGUGGAACCAAAAGCCCCCGAAACUGACAGGCCUUUAUCUGAUGACCAUAUCGAUGACAAGCCUGCGAUUUCCAUGAGAUCGAGUGCAAACACGGAAGAGGUCUAG